UGAUCAAGAGACCUGAUGGAAACCUAAUGGAUUACAAUGUUGACUAUCUUGGAGCAAUUGCAGCUAUUGAGGAAGGACUUCGAGCAUCCAAUGGUGCAAGCCAAGCAUCUGGUUCUCCGUUGACUGGUAAACUGUUUGUCGUCAUGGGAGCUGGUGGUGCUGGAAAAGCACUUGCUUUUGGUGGAAAAGAAAAGGGAGCAAGAGUCGUAGUGGCCAAUCGAACAUAUGACAAAGCCAAACCACUUGCCAGUAAAGUUGGAGGAGAAGCUAUAACUCUUGCUGAAUUAGAAAAUUUCUUUCCAGAAGAUGGGAUGAUCCUUGCAAAUACAACAUCUGUUGGAAUGAAACCAAAAAUUGAGAACACACCCCUAUCCAAGCGUUGUUGCAAUCGAUGAAGAUCAAAUUGCUGAAAAUUUGGUGAAGAAUGGCCCUCUUGCAAUUGGCAUCAAUGCAGUGGAGUGGAUUCCAACAUCUGGCAACAGGCAUAAUGCAGGUGGAGUGGAUUCCAUGGUUUCAACUGUGGCUGCUAUACAUACCACCACUGAGUAAAUUAAGAAGUUUCAUGGCUGCACUGGGUUUAUGCCAGUAGAGCAGCUGUAAAUAUCAAAAGAUAAUAUGCAUUAAGACAUGGAGUUCCUAGACUUUUAUCAGCUCUUAAUGCUUCCUUAACUUGUCUAGGCAGAUGGUUGUCUUGCACUUGUUUGGUACUUCCAUUUUAGAACUGUGUUUAUAUUUGCGGAU